AUGAAUGCAAAUGAAAUUGAAAUGAAUUCUGAAGAUAAAAUUGAAGAACCUCAAUUGACGCCCAAAGAAAAACGUGCUAUUUACAUGUCUCGAUUGCGUGGCUCACUUGAUUCAGAAUAUCGGCGCAUUGAACGUGAAAACAAUGCGCGUGCGAUGCGCAAAAAACGCUUAGAAAAUCCGUUGUAUCGCGAACAUGAGCGUCGUCAAAAUCGUACACAUAUGGCAGAAAUGCGUCGUGAAAAUUGCGAUUAUCGGCAACGAGAACAUAUUAAAAAUCGUCAUCGUAUGGCAUUAAAACGUUGUUUACAUACACAAACUUCAUCGGCGAUAAAUAAUACAAUAAAAUCAACAACGACAACGACAACGACAACGAUAACAACAGCUACUAAUAGUAAUACUAAUACGAUACAUUCAAUAUAUGAGACAUUAGAAAAUAAUUUGCAAUGUUCACAUAUAUCAUUUAUUCCAUAUCAAUCAAAUUUUAAUUGUUAUCAACAACUAUUGAGCAACAACAAUAAUAAUAAUAAUAAUAAACAACGUAGUGAAUAUGAAUUUUUGCAGCAAAUCGAUGCAUAUUGUCGUCAACAUGAUACUAGAUCGAGUUCAGAUAGUAACAGUCAUAGUGCUGGUUCAAUGCCAUCUUGCUAA